GCUCUAAUUUGCCUCCGAUUGGUUCCGCGACGAUCGCCACGACGUCGUCGUUGGAUGCCACGGACGAAACAGCUGCCGCUGUAUAGGCCGUCGCCGGACGAGUCUGUGCCGUCGGCUUCCCGUCGCCCUUGCCCUUGAGCACGGGGCAAUCAAACUGACGGUGACCCUUCGCCUUGCAGUAAAAGCAGGUGCGCUUGUAGACGAGCUGGGCUUCCGCUCUAAAUCUACGCCACCUUCUGCGAUACGGCGCAUUUUCACUAGAAAAUCGUCUAUCGAGUCGCCCGCUAACGAGAGAGCUAUGGCCCUCAACGAGUUCUGCGUUAUUCCGCCGAUUAGCAGAUGAAUCGCGUCGUUAACCGGCCCUGUCAGGAUCCGAUCACUUCGCCCGUCUGGAUCUCGUACCACUGGCGGGCGAAUUUUGUUAAUUUGCUGAACGCGGCCAGUAAUGUGAUCCCGUCGGACGCACCAUGAAUAACGGCAACUUGGUCGACCCGUCUCGACCACACGGCAACGUUCUUGUCCUCACCGCCACUAAACUCCGGAAUCUGAGAGGCCAGCCAGCUAACCGCGUUACCCGUCGUUUCUGGGCUACCUGGGUCUGCCUCUCCCUCAGACUGGACAAUCUGGACGUUUUCUGCCCUCGGCGCCAGCUGCUGCAGUACCUGCAGCAUGAACUGCUGCUGCUGCUGCUGAAGCUCCUGCUGCUGCUUCAUCAUCGUCGUGGAGAUGUCCGACAUCGCCUGACGGAACAUCUCCGACGUCAACGGCUACUCCUCCGACUGUUCGCCUUGAAGACGAUGCUGCUGGAACGUGGACUUCGCCAACUGCUUGCUGCUCGUCCAACGUCCUCUCCGACGGCCCAAUCCUCUCAAGACUCGAAGAGCCCGUUUUCUACUUCGACACGACACGGCAACGGUUUCAGUCUUUCCGACACGAUGCGGACUUGAAAAGCCCUUUAUCUGUUUCGACACGACACGGCGACGAUUUUUAACGUUUUUCGACACGAUACGGACUCAAGGAUACAGUAAUCCCACUUCUGAGCUGUAAGAUAUUUCUUGA